AUGAACCCGAACGAGGCAACAGGCCCCCUCGUCAUUGGAGGCGUGUGCAUAUCGGUCCCCCCGGAGAAGACGAAGGCGGGAACUUUCGACAAAUUUCUGUUCUGUCGGAGCGCUCCCGCAGUCCGCUCCAUCGUGCACAGCCUCACUGCGUUGCUGGCCAAAGCGCACGGUAGCCUCCUCUCGUGGUGCACGAGAACCGCGCAGUUCGCCACUUUUUCCAAGGAACCCGGAAAACCCGACACGCAACACAAAUCAGUCAGAGCCUGGUUUUCUCCACUCUUCCAAGCCGACCAUAUUCCCGCGCGGACAGACGCUUCUCCCUCUUCUUCUCCAUCUUCUUCCCCUUCUUCUUCUCCGUCUUCUCCCCCUUCUUCGUCUCCUUCUUCCUCUUCUUCUCCGUCUUCUCCGUCGUCAUCCCUUUGUCCGCCGGCCGUGCAGAACUCGUUCGGCGUCGUGGCACAUUCCGACGGAGACGUUCUUCUGCAUGCAGUGUGCGACUCUCUGUUUGGAGCUUUCUCUUUGGGCGACAUUGGCGAGCAUUUUUCGGACUCGAAUCCGGACUUCCGCGGCGUUUCGUCGUCCCUUCUGGUGGCGAGAGCGUUGGAGACAGUGCGCGCGAAGCAUCCAGGGUGGACUGUGGGGAACGUGGACGCGACUGUGGUCUUUGAGGGACUGAAAUUCGGGCGCAUCCGAAAGCAAAAAAUGCGAGAAAAUGUCGCGGCACUGCUACAAGUGCCGACCGCCGCCGUGAGCAUCAAAGCCAAAACAAGUGAGAGAGUCGGGCCAAUUGGAAGGAAGGAAGCAGUCGCCUGCCACGUCGUGCUCACGCUCUUCACAGAGGCCGACGGAACGGAGCGGAAAGGAGAGGCAUGCAGCUGCGAAAAAGGCGAUUUCGACAGCUUGUCCUAG